UUCGUUUCUCCUCCUAUAUUUUCUUCAGUACUCUCUGCUCUGCUUGUACGUUCAAUCUAUAACUGUCAAUUUCUCGUUGUUUUGCCUUGGAAUUUUCAUCAAGCGCAUUCGUCUGAACUUGGAAAGGCCUUAUCUUUCUUAGGAAUUGGGUGUCAACACAUUAAUCUUGAAUUUGAAUUCUUUAGUUGCAAAUAAUGUUGCCUAGUAGUAGUGAGAUAAAUUUUGUUCCCUUGCAUCCUCAAUCUGAUUUCUGCUACUGAUUUCCAUAUUAGAUAACUGUGCAUGAAAUGUAUAUUUUCAGUAUUCUCGCGGUUAAAGAACGCAAUCUGGUCACUGAUGAAAGCGAAAGACAAGGAUAUAGUCAUAGCAAGAGGUGCCGGAGAAGAAUCUCCGGGUGUACGGAAAUAUGGGCUUGGCGGUUUUAGCGAUGGCAGGACUAAAAUUCUUCAUCCACCCAUUGAAACAUCUUGGGAGCUACCCACUGUGAAAGAGAAGAAAGCUUCCUCUUCCUCAUCAUUCAAGUCAGUGCUGACCUACCCGUUGAAGUUUCGGGAGUCCAUAAAGAAACUGAGGAGGAGUAAAAGCAUGCAAAUGAUUUUAGAAGGACCUCGUGAUUUCAAAGACGAGCAAAUUGUUGACUCUUUCCGUGAAAUGCUUUUCGUCGAGGGUCUCUUACCUCCAAAGCACAAUGAUUAUCAUACACUUUUACGGUUUUUGCGCAUGAGGGAUUACGAUAUCUUGAAAGCCAAAGAAAUGUUUCUGAGUUUUCUGCAGUGGCGGACAGAAUUUCGAGUAGAUAUGCUUCAUAAGGAAUUCAAUUUCACGGAGUACACAGAAGUAAAGAAAUCUUAUCCUCAUGGAUACCACGGAGUUGACAGGCAUGGAAGACCACUAUAUAUCGAAAGAAUUGGGAUGAUAGACCUUAAGAGACUGCUGGAAGUGACCACAAUUGAAAGAUAUAUCAAAUAUCACGUGGCAGAGCAAGAGAAAACGCUAGAUGUAAGAUAUCCUGCAUGUUCACUAGCAGCUAAAAGACAUAUAGCAUCCACCACAACCAUCUUAGAUGUAAACGGAGUGGGAAUGUCUAAUUUCUCCAAGCCUGCUAGAUAUCUCUUUACAGAAAUUCAGAAGAUUGAUAGCAAUUACUAUCCCGAGACAAUGAAUCGGCUGUAUAUUAUCAAUGCCGGAUCUGGAUUUAGGAUGCUGUGGAAAGCAGUGGCAGCCUUUCUAGAUGUACGCACCCUCGCAAAAAUUCAAGUAUUGGGUGCUAACUAUCUGCAUGUUCUGCUUGAGGCUGUCGAUCCAAGUAAUUUGCCAGAUUUUCUGGGUGGGCACUGCUCGUGUUCUGACUCUGGAGGUUGCCUGAUGAGUGAUAAAGGGCCGUGGAAUGAUACAGAAAUACUAGAAAUGAUUCAGGCCGUUUCCCUGAGAGGAGAGAUCAGCAACGGUAUUGCUUUAGAAGAAUCGUUGGUGCCCAACAAGGUUGACAAUGACUACGGAAAUGAAGAUGACCUUGCUGGGCAGACCAUAGGACAAGAGAUUGUUUAUGAAGAGGCAUUACGGAAAAUUAAUGGGCUGGAAGCUGCCCUGGGAGAUGUCACUUCUAAAAUGAAGACACUUGAAGCAGCAAUUGAAGACGCCAGGAUGGCCUUGAGAGAUCUUGAACAGCACAUAGAGAAGCCGACAAGGUGAGAGGGCGGGUAUGUGAACCUCUCAAAAUGAGUGAAGAGGAAAAAGAUUAAAAAAAAAGAAAAAAAGAGAAGAAGAAGAUCAAUUUACUCUUUUCCACCACAGCGGAAUACUCUGUACACGACUAAACCCUCCUUAUACCGAAUAAUUGUUACUUCCCGGAAAGGAAAUUUAUUCGUGAUGC